AAGCCGCUCUGUUUUCCAUCACGCACGGACUACUUUCAAUCUAAUUGGACAAUAAUCUAUCCAAUCACAUUCCACGUUGCACGGCGGCCGCUCAAUUUUGAAAACCAAAAUGGCUACUGAGGCUGUUGAAGCGUUACUUGAAAGAUGCGACCAUCUACAUUUGGAGUUGUACGAUGUGGCAGAGCAUCAGGAGGGUGGGGAAGCGGAGUUGAUGGUGCCCUACCUAACCGAAAGUCGUAGUAAACAGAAGAUUUUGUGCAGACAGUUGUUUGUGCUGGAUGACAUGAUGCAGCUUCUGGAGAGACUGGAGACAACUGACCAGCUGUUUAAUGAACCCUGCCCCCCAAACCCCGGCAACGAUGCUCACAGACGCUGGAAGGUCCUGAAGAGUGAAUAUAAAGAGGGAGUCCAGGAGCUGGAGACACUUAUUAGCACCUUACAGGACAGGAUGGACAAACUGCACCACAAACGGGACAGACUGACAAACCUGGUCAUAGCACUAGAGAAGAAGAAAGAUCUCAGCCUGCAGAUGGGGGAGUCCCUCAAGACGGCCCACAAUGCCUUGCGUGUAUGUGAGGUGCAGCUGGCCCAGCUGAGGGUGGAGACAGACGCCACACUGGCCCGCUCGGCUGACUGGCAGCACCUGAGAGAUGUCCUGCAGGGCUAUGUGGAGGAGACACAAGGGGUGAUGCAGUGUAGGCUGUUGUCAGUGGGGUCCUCGGAGCUGUGUGUGGAACUGAGGCCCUGCUCCUGUGGAUCCUCCUCCUCUGGCCAGCUGGAGCCUCUCAGACUGACUGUCACUUGGAGCCCUGAUGACCACUUCCACCUCCAGGUGUAUCAGGGUACUACAGGGCUGUUAGUGGAGUCCAUGAAGAGUCGCCUUUCUCACCUCAGUGCUGCCCUGCUGGAGGUCAUGCAGUGCUACAUCAGCCAGGGAGAGAUGCUGGCUGAGAUCCAGACCCUACACUCCAGGUUUGCUAUAGACUGGCGUCCAGGCCAGAGACUGCUAGUGUUCCUGAAGACUGCCUCGAGGGUGUGCAACCUGGAGGUGGAGGAGGGCUACCCUUCCAGAGGCACAGCUACACUCAUCUCUGUACGCAGGGACGGCAAACUGGUCGACAACGCUGUCCUACAGCCUCCCAAGAAGACCCCCUCUCUGACAGAGUGGCUGGAGUUCCUCUCCUCCAGUCCGUACGUCUGACCAUCUUCUCUAGUUGACACAGAGGAAGUGGCUGUUUCUUUCCAUGGUCACCAAAGGGGCGCCCUUACCUCUAAUAUGUAAAUAUUAGGAAUGUAACAAUUCAAUGUGCAUUGAUCCUGGUUCAAAUGUUUAAGAUGCUAGUGCAUGGUUCUGCAGGACCCCAAACCAAUCCAAAUUUAGCAUGCAUCGGUCAGAAAACCGAUUUCAAACGUUACAAUCGCCAGUUCACAAAAAUUUUUCACUCAUUGUUUUAUUCAAAAAAUACCUCUUAUGUGUUAUGACUGAGUUGAUGCGUCCUCUACUUCAGUUCAGUAGGCUAUUGAACUUUUAUGCGUGUAACUGCAUAUGACUGUCAGGUAGACACAGCUGCUUGCGCCGACUGUUCGGACCUUCAACGUUCAAAGGCUUUCUCAGUGUCAUAUCGUAGGGUCUUAUUAGUUGAGUGACAACCAAUGCAAUUUGCCGGGUCAUUGUUACCAAAUGCGCUGUAGAAUUGUUUUUUUUUUACUGGGGUUGCGUCGUCUACCGGAGUGCACACAACUCGCAUUGACCUGCUGAGUGGGGUUUUCAAUCAUUCUGAUUUUAUUUAUAUUGUUCGGGUCCCCAUAAUAAAUAGUUUGUUUAAAGAAAAACUA